AUGGUGCCGGCUAGCCAGCCGGAAGCAGAUUCAAUGCUAGCUGUUGUGACUCAGGCUGCCGGGCAGCUUGGAACAGAGGAGGUGAGUGCUUUGAGUGAUCCUCGUUUCAGGGAUCAGGCAGCUCGGUGGCGUAGCGGCUCGGAAAGUCGCCGAAUCUCAGCUGCCUUUGCUCGGUUGAUCAAUAGCUUGCAUAUGAUCCGCCCUGGUUGGUUGAAACCAGCACCUGUGCGGGCUCCGGAUGAGCCCCCAGUCACAGAUGCCAUACCUAUGAAUAGUGACAGAACCACACAAGCCUCAGCGGGGUCUGCAGCUUGGAAUCUGUCACGGUUUAUGAAGGGAGCUGAGCUAUGCGCUGGAUGGUGCAUGGCUCAUUGGAGGACUUUGAUGGUGGCAUUGCUCUGCUUGGCCUUCCCGCGCCUGGUAGCGCUCUUGGUGGCAGCACUGAUCCGGAUGGUUAUCCGUGCCUGCGCUGCCGUGGUGUUCCGAGUGAUCCAAGAAGUGUGGAAUGAGUUCAAAGUAGGCGUGCAGCAGAUCUCCUUGGCUUCAACCUCCAUUGAACAGAUGCUCCUUGACCAGUUGGAAGGCUUGUUGAUGGACUCUACAUCCUCCCAGCUGCCCAUCUCUAUGAACCCGUCGCCGCUGCCAGCACAGUUCCGGGGGAAUCCCCCACCCAGCCCACCCUGGGCUUUCUUUUCCACGCUUCUGUUGCUCCUCCUGGUGGCCUUGCAGCUCUUGCCCUACAUCCGGACAGGCCCAGCAGAAUGCCACUGGGCGGAAGCGAAGAGCUUGGCCCAGCGCUAUUCCGUCUCGGGCGAGUUUCGGCAGCAGCUCAAGGAGCUUCUACAGCAGAUCCAAAGUACACAGCCUCACUUCAUCCGCUGCAUUAAGCCCAAUCCCAAGAACCAGGCCUUCCGAGACCGCGAGGCCACGAAGCCCUUCUUCGACCGCCCCAGCGUGGCGGAGCAACUCAGCUAUCAGGGAGUCCUCGCAGCGAUCAAGGUGGCUCGAGCCGGCUUUCCGGUGCGUUUCUGGCACAGCGAGUUCUUGCGGGAAUUCCGAUGCCUGGCGCCGCUGGAGCUGCAGAAGGACCUGGAGGCGCUUGUGAAAGCUUUGACCUUGCAAGAAGACGAGGCCGAAGCCUUGCGCGGCGUCAAGCGGCUGUUGCAGAGCGAACGCGUGCAGGCG